GUGACUUUAUUGGACCCGAAGUUUCAGUUUCCCUUUUUCUUUAAAUGAAAGAACUCGCGGGUCAGUCAGCAUCUAUGGAGGGAAACAGACAGGCGACGUUUCGUGGAGUCAUAGUAAAGUUCAGCACAGAAACGGGCCGUUCGGUCCAUCUAGUCCGUGCAGCGAAACAUUUAAACAGCCUACUCCCAUCGACCUGCACCCGGACCGCAGACCACUAUCCCCUCCCAUCCAUGUAACCCGUCCGAACUUCUCUUAAACGUUGAAAUCGAGCCCGACACGGUUCGGGCCGACAUUCUGCAUCAGGGUGAGGAAUGAACUAGAUGGACCGAAGGGCCUGUUUCCGCGCAGGUAGAUGCAAAUACAUCAGAGGCUCUUACGAGUCGUUUGCAUCGGCACGUGGAUACGCUGCCUGACCUGCUGAGUUCCUCCAGCAUUUUGUGCGCGUUGCUCUGGAUUUCCAGCAUCUGCCGAAUCGCUGGUGUCUGGAUUCAUUGAAGCAGCGGCCGGAGACGAAUGGUGUGGCGGCGUGUGGGUGACACGCCAUGAGUCAUACGACGAGAGGCGGAGAGGGGAGGGGAGCCGAGCGGCAGCCCGGGAACAUGAAGCGAGCCGGGAUUGCAGUGGGAGUUUCGGUUUUGCUGCUGUUUUGCCGAGUUGGCGAGGGACAGGCGGCAGAAUGUGCAGAAUUGGAGACCUGUACAUCUUGCAUCACCGGCAAUGCUUUGCUGAAUUUAACAGACUGCGUGUGGGUGCAUUGUCAGUCAGAAAUGCUGUGUAUUGCAAAGGACGCGGACAAUCUGACAGACUGCACUAUCUACAAUGAGUCUUCGACAUGUGACGUUCUACAGCUAACCUCUGUUCCAACCACCACCAUCACUAGCACCACGACCGUCUCCAGUACUACAGCUGUCAUACCAACUACUAAGGAUAUUUCCACCAUGACUGCAGAGCCUGCCCCCACCACAGAGGUCCCAACGACGGCUCCUGUGUACUCGCCCUCCAGCUUUGACCCUGCCAGUUUCAUUGGGGGCAUGGUGCUGGUCCUAGGAGCCGAGGCAGCUUUUUUCUUCGCAAUCAAGUUCUUCAAAGCGCGCGACGGGACCUACCAAACUCUGAUAUAAUCACAGGAUGGAAGAGAGUGGGCUUGAAGUGGCCAAAACACAAACUGCACACUGUUUCCCAACAAACAUUUAAUAACUGAAGUUCUCCUCACUAAUCUGAUACUUGUACAGCAUCUCACUGAAUGGAAUUGCAGUUCUGUUUGCCUUUGACGGGAUGGAUGUAAUUGAUGACGGAUGCAAGGGUAUAUUCUUUGCAUUGCCCCCCAGUAGAACUAAGAAUAUGCACUGGGAAUUUUUAACAAGAAUGUACAUUAAUAAUUUGACUUAACUAUUGAGCCAACCCUUACACAAUGGAGUGUUUUUUAUAUGUGGACUGUUGCUUUGAUCCUGUUUGGUUUAAGAUCCAAGUGCUUAUCCAGUUUUAACAAAAUGUAAUUGUGAAACCAAAUUUAUUCUGUUGCUGUAAAAUCUUUGUCUCUCGAAACUUUGCACAAUGUCUCCUCCACUGGAGAAAAAAAGGCCGUGAGAUUUGUGUUCCAGUGUCAUCGAGAUUCGGGCGCGUAUUUGGCCAUUUGGAGGAUCAGUUGGAGUGGUGUUCGUUACAACAGCAAGCUCCCCCAAGCACAUCAUAUCCAGCCCCUGCUCAGCUUGGCUGUGGUUUCGUGAACCACCUGUUUGUUGGUUAAAUUACUGAAGGUGUUGUUGACAUUCCAAAGUGUGAUUUUUUUCGUCAUCGUUUUUAAGACCAUAAUCCAUGAUAACUCUACCAUUCGAUCAUGUCUGAUUUAUUUUUGCUCUCAGCCCCAUCUCCUGCCUUCUCCUCGAAACCUUUUACACCCUGGCUAAUCAAGAACCUAUCAACCUCUGCUUUAAGUAUAGAUGAUAACUUGGCCUCCAUUUUUUCAUGGCCAAUCCAUUUCCCUCUCAGCCCCAAUCUCCUGCCUUCUCCCCAUAUCCUUUCAUACCCUGAGUAUUCAAGAAUCUAUCAACCUCUGCCUUAAAUAUACCCAAUGACUUGGCCUCCACAGCCUGUGACAAUGAAUUCCACAGAUUCACCACACUCUGGCUACAAAAAUUCCUCCUCAUCUCCGUUCUAUAUGGUCGUCGCUCUAUUCUGAGGCUGUGCCCACUGGUCCUAGAUUCUCCCACUGUUGGAAGCACCCUCUUCACGUCCACUCCACCUGGGCCUUUGAAAGUGCGUAUAUGUCACCAUGUACUCGAGAUUCAUUUUCUUGUGGGCAUUUACAGGAAAAUAAGGAAAUACAUUAGAAUUUGUGGGGGAAAAAAAUCUAUCAUAAACAAGUACUGACAAGCAAAGUGCAAAAGAUGACACGACUCCCUUGGUUGCCAGGAGUAACUGUCGUUACUGAAGACAGAUAUUCUCACACUAAAUGGAACCCUGUAGUCUUUAGGUGGGUGGGGUUAAACAAUUUAGAUCCUUAUACUGGUAGUCCUUUCUGAACUUCUGUUCUUGUGGGAAAAGUUGAACUCCCAGUUUAAUCUGGACAUGUGUAAAUCCAUUGUCCAUUUUGAAUCAAUGCCUGCUAUUCUUUAAUUCCCUUUGGAGGUAGCAGGAGUGUGCUGCCAGCAGUCCAGGGGGGUAUCAGGUAACAUCAGGAGUGGAGGAUCUAUGCACCACUCACCCACAUCUGUCCUCCCAGAACAGGGAUGCAAAUGUACCUUGUUUAAUUACUGACAGCGCCCCGUCCCUGAGGACCCGAGGAUUGAUGAUCCAAAGCUUUGGUGGUGUAAGAUUUGUGGCCCAGUAAUGUGGUGAGGUGUAUGGCAUGAUAGCACAGUAUCCACUGGCAGCUCACUCCACACUCACACCCCACUCCGACUGGAAAAGUCCCUGACUUCUAACUUUAAACGUUAAACUAAUGGGACUCUGAAACUCCGGCCCACUUUGAGUUUACUUUAAGCGUGAUACACAUGUGCCUUGCUUGAAGUAAACAUGAAGUUAGACCUGCAUUUCAGACUCCUGAGUUUUCCUUCGUAUUAGUUUAAUGUUUUGAAAUUACAAUACGUAACAGUUCCCCUUAAAUAUUGUACCUUUCACCCUUAACCUAUGACCUCCAGUUCUAGUCUCACCCAACCUCUGCAGAAGAAAGCCUGCUUAGAUUCACCAUAUCUACAACCCCCCCCACCCCAUAAUUUUGUAUACCUCUAUCAAAUCUCCCCUCACCCUCCUAUGCUCCAAGCAAUAAAAUCCUAACCAAUUCAACGCUUCUCCACGUGUUUCCUCCUUGAGAAAUGCACUGGGAUGUUGUUGUCACCUUCUUAUAAUAAUGCCCUUCAUCUGGGGCGCUAUGGUGGCGUAGCGGUUUCCGCAAAACUAUUACGGCUCGGGAUGUCAAAGUUCAGAGUUCAAUUCCAGGGUCCUCUUUAAGAAGUUUGUACGUCCUUCCCAUGAGCCUGUGGGUUUCCUCCAGAUGCUCUGGUUUCCUCCCACAGGGGAAAGACGUAGAUGUUGGUAGGUUAAUUGGACAUUAUAAAUUGUCCUAGGGUUAAACCGGUUUGUUGCUAGGUGGUGAGGCUCCUUGAGCUGAAACGCCCCGUUCUGUGCUGUACUUCUAAAUAAAAAAUUAAUAAUUUUUGAGGUCCCAUUAUGAACAAUUUAUUUCCACAUUAUUAUGGUCCCAUUCAACAUUUAUGAACACCCUCUUGAUAUUCAUCACACACACCUUUAACCUACUGGCACCUCAGACACUUUACCCUGUGGAUAAAUACAGAAUCCUGUGCUGUCUAACGUAAGCAAAUCUGGUAGCUUUUAAUGGGACCAGAUUUUGCUGUUUGCACCUCUUCCGCCACUUCUGAAUGAAUGGGGCAAACCCUCAAAGUCCAAAGUAAAUUUUAUUAUCGGAGUACAUAUAUGUCACCAUAUACAGCCCUGAGAUUCAUUUUCCUGUGGGCAUACUCGGCAAAUCUAUAGAAUAGUAACUAUAACAGGAUCAGUGAAAGAUCAACCAGAGUGCAGAAGACAACAAACUGUGCAAAGGAAAAUAUAAAUAAAUAACGACAACACGAGAUAAAGAGUCCUUAAAGUGAGAUCAUUGGUUAAAGUGGUUAAGUCCUUAAAGUGGAACAUCUCAAUGGAUGGACUUGUAAGUAUAACUAUCCCCUUUUAUUCAGGAGCCUGAUGGUUGAGGGGUAGUAACUCAGACUUGCUGUUUGAUUUAUCUGAAGGAACAACAGGCUGAUCAUAAUUCUUGUAUAUAAGCAUUUCUCCUCUUCUCUGUUCAGAAUGGGUGUCCCUCUAUUCUGAGGCUGUGUCCUCUGGUCUUAGCCUCCCCCAGUAUAGGAAACAUCCUCUCCACAUCCACUCUAUAGAGGCCUUCCAACAUUCGAUAGUUUUCAAUGAGUUCACCCCUCAUUCUUCUGAAUUCCAGUGAGUACAGGCACAGAGCCAUCAAAUCCUCCUCAUAUGACAAGCCUCUCAAUCCCAGAAUCAUUUUCAUGAGCCUCCUUUGAAGCCCUUCCAAUAUCAGGACAUCCCCUUCUUAGGUAAGAGUCCCAAAAAUGGUGCAUGUUAGGGAAAUUUCAUGGUGAUUUUCAUGAUCAGCAGCCCAGAAUCCAUAAAGAUACACCCAAAGGCAUUUAGGAAGCAAAAUCUUUGUUGUCCAGUAUAAUUCUGUAGUCAAGUAUAUCUAGAUUUCAACCCAGAGGGUGGGAAUAAUUUCCAACCAAGAGGGAGAGACUACCUUAUGUUGAUCUACUUGCGCUCGUGCAGAGUAAAGCAAGGAGGCUUUGAGAAUAUCAUGUCAUUUUUAUAAAUUGGUUUAUUAUUGUCAUGUGUACCAUGGUACAGUGAAAAACUUUAUUUUGCAUGCCAUCUAUACAAACCAUUUGUACUUUGAGGUAGUACAAGGCAAAAAUGCAGAUUAGCGCCACAACUACAGAGUGCAGUGCAGGUAGACAAUAAAGUGCUGGAUCACAACGAGAUAGAUUGUGAGGUCAAGAGUCCACAUGAUCCAAUUGGGGAACAAUUCAAUAACCUUAUAGCAGUGGAGUAGAAGCUGUCCUUCACCCCAGUGGUACAUGCUUUCAGGGCCUUUGGAUCUUCUGCCCAAUGAGAGGAGGGCAGAAGAGAGAAUUGGUGUCUCUGUGAUGCUUUGGGCAAAGGUCUAGUGACAAAUGUGCCCUAAAAACACCCAUUAGGCAUUAAUCUCAAAGUACAUUUAUUAUCAAAGUAUGUAUACAUUAUGCAUCCUUGCGUUUCACCUCCUUACAGGCAGCCGCUAAAAAAGAAACGUAACAGAAUCCAUUAAAAAAAGACCAACAAACACCCAAUGCAAAGAGAGAGAGAGAGAAAUAAAGUAUCUAAUGAACUUGCUACCUUGAACUUCCUCUUGAACAGGGGUUCAAAACUUUUUUUAUGCCUUGAACCAAUGCCAUUAAUCAAGGGGUCAGUGGACCCCAAGUUGUGAACCCCUGAUCUAGAUUCUAGAUGUAGCAUUUGGUCCACCCAAACCAGAGUUGGCAUGAGCUGGUGAGAAGGGAGAAACUGAACUUCUUUAGGUUUAUUCACAAAUGGAAUCUGGAUUACACCAGGAACGCUGCCCACGUUUCAAACCCUCUUGCCACACCAAAGCAUCCCAGUUCCUGGAUGGGAAUGUCUAAUGCCAGAGGGCAUGCAUUGAGUGUGAGUGGGUAGGUUGAAAGGGGAUGAGAGGGUUAAGUUUUUUACUCAGAGAGUGGUGGAUUCCUGGAAUGUGCUGCCUGGUCUGGUGGUAGAGGCAAAUACAUUAGUGGCUUUUAAGAGACAUUUGGAUGGACACAUGGAUGGGAGGAAGUUGGAAGGAUGUGGACAUUGUGCAGGUGGGAGGGAUUAGCAAUUGGAUGUUAUUGAUUUGUCUUUUAGCUGGUUCAGCACAAUAUUGUGGGCCGAAUGGCCUGUUCCUGUGCUGCACUGGUCUAUGUUCUAUCUUAAUUCUAGUUACUCAUCAUAGAGCAAUCAAAUCGAUGUCGUGCUGAGAGAAGGGUGAAUGUUGGCCUGGUCUAGUACUCAUUGAAACACCUCACUGUGGUCUCUUCUAAUAUUGUCACUGGGGCUGAAGUGGUAUUGUAAGGCCAGCAAUGGUUUGAGUUCAGCUUUCGUUGGGCCACAUUGGAGACGGUUUGUCAACCAGGGCCCUGUGCAGUUAGCAAAUGGGGAAAAACGCACACACACACACACACACACACACCAGUGCUUCAUUCUGGGGUUGGUUUGGUAAUAGUCUCAGUCACCACCCAAUCCUUAUCAACACCACAGGCUGCCAUCUAACGGGCACCUGAGUUUCCUAAAAUAUAGAAGAGAAUCCAAGUUGUAGUGGAGCCUGAUCUUAGACCAUAGGAGCAGAAUUAGGCCAUUCAGCCCAAUGCAUCAGGUUCAGGAAAAGCCAUCAGACACAGGAGCAGAAUUAGAUCAUUUGGCCCAUUGAGUCUGCUCCAGAGCAGACCAUAAAGCCGAAGAGCAGAAUUAGGCCAUUCAGCCCAUCAAUGACCUCCUUGGGUCCACCUCACAUCACCCCUUUGAGCAUGAUACCCCAUCCUCAGUCCCAUUGUACCCAUAUUCAUUGUUCAGUUGGCUUGGCUGCUAGACUAUUUGCAUAUUUUCAUUCAUCUCCACCUUAAUAUAGCAUGAGGCUUUAACAUUGCUGCCCUCCCUAUACAGACUGUGUAUGUCUUAACUACGCAAGAAUAUAAUUCCACGCUACCAACGUCCACGAGGCAUUCAAUUAAUUAAUUUUCCAUUGCUACCCAGUACCAGAUAGAAUAAUAAUUUAACAGCUCCUUCCUGUUGAGGGUUUAAGAUGUUGUUAACCAAUAUCUAGGCUAUGUAUAUCAACAGCACGAACUUCCUAACUGCCUUGUAACUGGCUUUGUUGCACAGAUAUUGUGUUUAAGGUGCCUUGUGUUAAGUAAAUUGUAAUAUUUUCUAUUCUGACUGUGAGUGGAUUUGUCGAGUGCAAUUUUUUCUCCCUUUUUUUGCUCCUUUGGCAAUCAAAGCCGUGGGCAUGGAAGAACCCGUUCCGUUUUUGCUUUUGAUCUUCUCGUCGAAAGCUUUGAUGACAUGUGGUUUCUUUUUCCCGACUUCUAAAAAGACCUCACCAUAAUUUGUCACCAGUGAGGGAGAGUUAUUUAUUUUACAUGGAUGAAUGGAUUGGCCCUUUUUAAAUGUUUCUGUCUUUAACGGUUUUUAUAUAAAUAAUUUUAGGAAACUGCUUGGAUUGUGAUUGCACUAUUUUGAUGACUUGUUGUAUUAUCCAGUACUUGUAUUCUGGUAUGUGAGUAACAUGCCAAUUAUUGCUGUGAUUUUAGUGCAAAAGGAAAAUUAAAAUAUUUGUUGAAAUAACUGGUGGUGUGGUUGCAUUUCUGUUUACAAAUGGUUUAAGACUGUUAUGGAAUUAGAGUAUGUAGGAAACAUUAACUUCAGCAACCAAUCUUCAGACCUGAAUGUGGAUUGUAGAUUAAAUUUAAAAUGCAGUCCUGUUUCCUGGAGCUGUGGACGCCAGUAAAUUGAAAACCCAAACACUGCUGAUUAACAUUCAUUCUGGGUGCCUGGAGUGUGGGUACGAAGAAGGUGGUGUAAAAAUUAUAUGUGAUUCACAGGAAGCAUUGUAAAUACAUUGUAAAUAUAGAAUUGUCCUUUGAUCUUUAGCACAUAUAAUAUGUCAAGUAAUAUUGGGUCGGGAGGCCUCUUCCUCCGAGAGUGCCUCAA